AUGGCAGAGGAAAAUCAACUAGGUGUCUUUGAGGAGGAUACGCCGCUCACCCCAAUUCAUUCUCAAGCACCGACUAUGCACGCGCCACCACCACACGUGUCCCCUGCAGGCGUGCCACCAGCACAUCAGGGAGCUUCCCCAACUCAUUUUUCGCCACCUGCAUCUUCGGGCGCACACCCAGCUUAUUCAGAAGGGCAGCCAUCCUCUGCAACUGAUGAUCGUGCACGUAUUGUAGUACUCGAGAGCACGGUCAAUCAACUGGCUGCCACCAUGGCUACCAAUAUGACCGAGCUCAUGGCCCUACUUAAAAGCCCAAAUCGCGCUUCUUCGAGCUUCACCCCACCUCCUGGGUACGGGCCAGCGGUCGAUCCAAACCCAUGGGCCCAGCCGACCUUGAUUCUUGAUAAUGGAGAUACGUCUGCCCCAACGAUAGUGAACGCGCCGGCGGCCCAUCCGGUUAACAAUCUUCCAGCAUCGCUUUCUUUCUCGCACCCGGCUAAUCUCCCAACGGUCACUCAUGUCCCUUCAGCGACAAUGUCGGAACCGCCUAUACUCGUACCCCCACCGAUCUCCACGCUAGUCCCAGUUCCGGUCUCUGCGUCGGUCCCAGCUCCGACUUCCGCUGUCCCACCGCCGAUCAUAUUCUUGCCUAUAACCGCCCAGGCUUCUGCUCACACUGCUGAACCUCCCCCGUACCAAGCUCCAUAA